GGUUUUUGCGGUUUCGUUAUUCGGUCUUGGUUGGUGUGAAUUGAUCGAACCUUGAAGCGCGUGAGAGUGAGAGUGAAAUUUUCGAGAUAUGGGUUCGGGAGGAGGAGUGGGUCCGCUCUUCCUGGCGGUUAUGUAUACACUAUUGGCGUUAUCGACGGUAUUUAUGGCGUUAAGGUUUUACUGUCGGGCGUUUAUUAUUAAGAUGGUCAGAUCGGAUGAUUGGAUCAUGCUUGCUGCUUUCAUAGGUGCCUGGGGGUUAGGUAUAACGAAUGCUUUUCAUAUAAAAUACGGCAUCGGGCAAGUUCCCUAAAUCCCUCCUCCUCCUGAUCAUAGCUAACAAUCAAACAGAUCUCAUUUAGAUGACCCACGAAAGUAUCAAGUAGUGAUCGUUCCAAUGCUUAAACUCUGGUACGUCUACCAGCUGCAAUACCUCGUCACCCUAUUUUUCAUCAAAGCCAGCAUCCUCUCCUUCUACCGGCGCCUCUCCCGCGAGAGAACCUACCAGAUUUCGAUAUGGAUCGUUAGCGGCAUUGUCGUGGUGUUCACCCUUGCGAUGUUAUUCGUGAAUGUAUUUGAAUGCCCCAAAAACCCCAGCAAAGCAUGGUCGCCAGGUUUCCCGGCAGGUUGCAAUGACCUCGUCGUGGUGUACUACAUCAUGGCAUCCUUCAAUAUCCUCUCGGAUAUCGUAAUCCUGAUUCUGCCGUUGCCGACACUGGUGAGGUUACAGACCAACAGGAGGAAGAGAGCGGCGUUGAUCCUAAUCUUCUCCUGCGGUUCUAUCGCAGUAGUGGGUUCGGUCGUGCGCAUAACCGCACUAUAUAAAAACCAACAUGCCAUGGAUACAGGAGGAGACGUUUCUUACGUAGCAACCUAUGUCCUCCUGUGGUCUCAAGUGGAAGUCAACUUCGGCAUCAUCACUGCCUCCGCCCCCGCCUUGAAACCGCUCGUCCACUCAAUCCUUCAAGGCACCAGCCACGCGAAACCUAGCUAUGCGCAGAACGGCCUCGGCUACACGGCAGGCGGACGAAAAAGCGGGGCCGGCGUGCCGUUACAUUCCCUGGGAUGUAGGGACACAAAUAGGCCGCAUGGGAAUACUACCACGGUGGACGGAGGGUCCAGCGAGAGCCAGGAGGAUAUUGUGUUUAAGGGCGACGGGAUUGUCAGGACGGUGGAGGUGAAGGUCGAUAUGGAGGCGGAUGGGAGGUCGGAGGAUAGCAUUCGACGGCUGGAGUUCGGGCGGUAG